AACCGAAACAUCAUAAUCAUUCAUAGAUUACUUAUUCAUCAGUUGGAGGACGCGUACAGAAUAUAUAAAAUCUAUAGAUCUAUACAUUUGUUUGUCCUUUAAUUAUUUCCAAUUGCAUUAUCCUCCGAAGUAUAUAAUAUUUAUUAUUCAUUAUCAUUAUGGCAUUAAGAAAUUACUUAUAUGCUAAACACGCAGACGGUGUAACUGCAGCCAGAAUAAAUAAAGUAGAUCCAAAUGAUUCCCGAACUGAACUUAUUCAACAAACCAUAGAAAGUUUCAAUAAUCAUAACCGUCAAUUAAAUACCCAUCAUACUAGUCCAAACCAUCGUAAUAAAUCUCCUGAUCAUAAUAAUUCUAAAAAGAAGAAGAUUAGAGUGGUGCAUGGUCCAUCUCAAUCUAGAAUGAAGAAAACUAAUAUGCAAUUUUAUAAAUCAAAUGAAUCUUUAAAUGAAGUUGAAAGUGUACCUUCUUCAUUUUCAGAAGGAACUGUAACCAAAUCAAAGUGUCAUAGAAAUUCAGACAAUAUCGAAAUGGAAGAUGCACCAACUGAAAAGUGUAAAAAUUGUCCUGACUGUGAGCUGAAAAAGCAUAAACAUGAAGAUGAUGAAGAAGGAACUUCAAGUCCAACUUCUCCUUUAUUAGCUGAACAGACUGUACCUAAAGUUGCUGUUGAGUAUCAUAAUUCUGAUUAUACUACUAUGGCACAAUUACAAUCUCAAAUUACAAGUUUAAGUCUUGAUAAUUCAUCAUCUAAUGAGAUCGAUUUCACUCAUGUUCUAUAAAAUUCUCCCAUCGGGUUUCUUGCAUGUUUUCAUUAGCAUUUAUUUAUUCAAUUUCAGUUCUAUCUAAUAUAGGCAUGGGCGUCUGUUUGUAGUGUACCAUAUA